CCAUUGGCUGAGGCGGGCGCCUCCGUCGACAUUCUCCUGCCCGAGUUUUCAGGAGGACAGAAUCCCGUCUUUGGGCUGAAGGGACGUUCGCCAGAGCGCGGAAAGCAAACUAUGUGCACCAUCAUCCAGCUGUAGAAAACACUGCUGGGCUGGGCUGAGCAGCAGGAGGCGAGUUCAUCUAGUGGGCAGACCCAUGGAAAUAUGCGCCUAAUUCUUCGCUACCUCUGCCAGGGUAUGACCCCUGUACCCAUAACCAACAUAUCUCCAGUUCGUAGGUACUUGUCUUGGGAGAAUGAGCAGCGCUGCAGAGGGCUGCUGGAGGCGUCCAAGAACCGGCACAAGCAAGAGGAUGUCUCAGCCGCUGUCCUGGUCUCCCUGUGCUCCGUGGCUGGGGAACCCGCCAUCCUGUACACUCUGCGCUCCAGCACCCUGUCUGGUGUGCACAAAGGAGAGGUCAGCUUCCCAGGUGGCAAGUGUGAUGACUCUGACCGGGAUAUCGUCGCCACGGCACUCAGAGAGACUCGAGAGGAACUGGGUCUACACUUAGGAGAGGACUGUGUCUGGGGCAUCAUGCGACCUUUGCCUGACAGGACCAAAAUAAUGGUUGUUCCUGUGCUAGCGAACCUGGGUCCUCUUGAGCAGCUGAUUCUGAAACCUAACCCCCAAGAGGUUGAAGCUGUGUUCACACUAUCCAUCUCCCACCUGCUGAAAGAACAGAACCAGGGCUAUACCCACUUUUGUAAGAACGGUGUCUAUAGCUAUACGAUGCCUGUCUUCCCACGAGGCCCUCACCGAGUAUGGGGUCUCACAGCCAUAAUCACUGAAUUGACUCUGGAGUUGCUGGCACCCGGGAAAUACCAGAGACGGACUCGUGUGGUGGGCAGGCACUAAUGUUUUCUAGCUAAUGUCCAAACGAUGGCUUCUAAGCUCUGGCUCCUGCAACCCCACCAAAGGACUUGAAUGCAGGUGAACCGUCAGCCAAGUGUUCAUGUCUUUCCAAGACACCAUGGUCUUUAAAACCUCGAACCACUUCUUGCUCAGUACACACAACCCCACCCUCCAUGGUGCAGUUGUGUUGAAUUAUUCGCGAUGGGGGAAGAACAGACCUAUAUUGUUUUGUUAUCAGGUGGUCUAGGAUUUAUUUUUGAAUAAAAUAAAGCUUCAUAUUUGAAAUCUCA